CGGGGCGCCGGGACCCCCAGGUGGAGCGACAGGUCUCGGGCCCUCAGGCGGAGCGGCGGGGCCCGGACCCCCAGGUGGAGCGACAGGUCUCGGGCCCUCAGGCGGAGCGGCGGGGGCGCCGGACCCCCAGGUGGAGCGACAGGUCUCGGGCCCUCAGGCGGAGCGGCGGGCGCCGGGACCCCCAGGUGGAGUGACAGGUCUCGGGCCCCCAGGCGGAGCGACAGGUCUCGGGCCCCCAGGCGGAGCGACAGGUCUCGGGCCCCUCAGGCGGAGCGGCAGGCGCCGGACCCCCAGGUGGAGCGACAGGUUCUCGGGCCCUCAGGCAGAGCGGCGGGCGCCGAGUCAUCUGGCACGACAGUGGGCUCCGAGUCAACUGGCAUGACCGCUGGCACUGGGUCACACAUUGGAUCGUCUGGCUGGACAGCGGGCAUCGGGUCACCAGGCAUCAGGUCAUUUGGCUCAACAGCGGACACCGCGUCAUCUGGCAAGGCAGUGGGCUCCGAGUCAACUGGUAUGACCGCGGGCACUGGGUCAGACAUUUGAUCGUCUGACUGGACAGCGGGCAUCGGGUCACCAGGCAUCAGGUCAUUUGGCUCAACAGCGCGCACCGCGUCAUCUGGCAAGGCAGUGGGCUCCGAAUCAACAGGCACGACAGUGGGCACCGGGUCAUCAGGCAUUGGAUCGUCUGGCUCGACAGCGGGCAU